AUGCCAACCCCAUUAGACAAAGCUCUCAAUUCAAAGAAUGCAUUCCUAGUGGCUGCUAAUGUACUAUACGAGAAAAAAGCCUUUACUGGCGUUGUGACAGCUGCUGCCGUAUGGUCAAUAUGGGGAACUGAAAUGUUUCCGAAAGAGAGUGAUCCAACUGGCGGUAUGUUUUCGACAACCCCCAGCCUACCCCACCCUAGCCCUAGCCCAAUCCAAUCCAAUGGAAUCAUUUCCUUGGGUGCCAAGCUGAUGGGAUGUAUGACUAGAUCCAAAAACAUGGACCCGGGAAGAGCUGCGCCGUGGCGGAUUUUGAGAAUAAGAGACAUUGCGGGGUUGGUUGCUGCGGUGCUGACUUUUGAGCAGAGAAACUUAUAUCCGAAUUCGCAAGAUACCAAUGAGCAGCUGUUGGAGCGUGUUCAGGCAAACAUGCGAACUCCUAGACAGUGA